AAUCUUUGCUGUUACACGAACCAGAUUGCAAUGACCUGCAUAAAGAGCUGAUAUCUACCUUUUAUUUCAGACAAUGUUCCAAAUCCAAAUCACAAUACUGUUACUGGAAACACAGCUCUCCAUGGUUUCAGCUUUGUUUACAGUUGAAGUUCCUCAACAGCUCUACACUGCAGAGUACGGGAGCAAUGUGACCAUGGAAUGCAGAUUCCCUGUGAAUGGCUCAGUGGAUCUAGGACUCCUGUCUGUUUUUUGGGAACAGAAAAGGCAGGGCUCAUCAAAAUCAAAAGAGGUGUAUACAUUCCGUAAUGGGAAGGCACUCCAUCCAUCUCAACAUCCUGAUUACAUAGGAAGAGCAUCACUUCUGCACAGUGAACUGAUGUUGGGACGAGCCAUCCUCCAGAUCACCAAUGUUAAGAUCACAGAUGCAGGAUCAUACCUUUGUCUCAUUGACUACCAGGGUGUGGACUACAAGUACAUUGCUUUGGAAGUAAGAGCAUCUUACAAGAGAAUAAAUACUCGAGUAAUGAGAAUACCGGGUGAAGACAAGCUUGUUUUUAUGUGCCAGUCAGAAGGCUUUCCUCUGGCAGAGAUUUUCUGGCAAAAUGAGAACUUCAAUCUCAGUGGAUUUGCAAAUACCACCUAUACACUGACUGCAGAUGGCCUCUACAAUGUCACCAGCACCCUGACAUUCAAACCAAACAUGAGUGAGAACUACACGUGUGUCUUCUGGAAUAAAGAACUGAAUGGAGAAACUUCAGCUCACUUUUCCACUUCAGCUUUAAUGAGUACACAGUAUAAUGGACAAAAAUUCCUGAUCUCUUUAAUCGUCCCCACAUGCGUGACUGUAGCUGUCCUUCUCUCUGCACUAAUAAUAUUUCAGAAGAGAAAAUCAUUCAAGAAUGAGCAACACAAAAAAGACAGGAAAAGAAAACUGAACCCGAACGCAAAGGAUGAGAACAGUGAUGAUUUUAACUCUCAGACUGAGGCUUUAUACUUGUCAACUGUCACAACUUCAAGAGAUAGUGGAAGUGUGGAUCUGUGAAAAUUCUUCAUAUUACAUGCCAUAAUUUGCACUUUUUCUAUCAGUUUUUGGGGACUUCAAAAGAAAAUUACAGCACUUUAGCCUUAGGAUAAACAGUGAAUUCAUGGGGAUGUAUUUGCACUGCAGCAAUGGAAAGCUAUGCCUCCUCAGACACCAUAUCUUCUUGAAGUUACU